CUCCCUGGGCCCAUCCGUCCCUGGACUGGGGGUGCAGGGCGGCUCCCUGCUCUGUGACAGACGCCUGCAGGGCUGCAGGUCCAGGGCGAGUUGUGCAACCACUCGAGUGGAAAAGCCUGCUCGGCCCAGGCUGGAGGAGAGGAAACAUCCCAGGUGGUGUGCCAAGCUUCGGGGUGAGCCAGCCCUGGGCCUGUGGGCAGGGCGAUGUCUCAGAUAAGCCAGUCCUUCCGCUGCGGGUGAGGAUCCCCGAGGAGCCCUGCUCAGGAGAGAACUCAGGAGGUGACAGGUGCCCACUGCACAGCCCCGGGGAGUGGGCAGCUACCCCGGAGUGCUGGAGCAGGGCUGCUCUUGGAGUGGCCUCUCUCACAGCUGGGAGGGCUCCAGCACUGGCCCCCACUCCACAACCAAGGACAGGUGGGCAUGAGCUGGUCAAGGCACGUGGGCAAGAUCCGGAAAAGGCUGGAAGAUGUCAAGAACCAGUGGGCCCGGCCAGCCAGGGCGGACUUCAACGACAAUGAGAGUGCCCGGCUGGCCACAGACGCCCUGCUGGAUGGGGGCCCUGAGGCCUACAGGCGGGUGCUCAGCCAAGAGGGUGAGGUGGACUUCCUGUCCUCGCUGGAGGCCCAGUACAUCCAGGCCCAGGCCACAGAGCCCUGCUGCGCCCCAGAACCUAUGGGGGUGGGCGAAGGUGGGCCUCAGGGACUGGGCUCUUGCUCUCUCCAGUCGGGGACCUACUUCCCUGCAGCAUCCGAGGGUGGAGAACCUGCCCUGCCGCCUGCCUGGGCUUCGGCUGAAAAGCCCUACCUGCAGGAGAAGUCCAGCGCCACCGUGUACUUCCAGACGGACAGGCACAGCAACAUCAGGGACCUCAUCCGCCGCUGCAUCUCCCGGAGCUGCCAGGUCCUGGCCAUCCUGAUGGAUGUGUUCACCGAUGUGGAGAUCUUCUGUGACAUCCUAGAGGCAGCCAACAAACGUGGGGUGUUAGUCUGUGUGCUCCUGGACCAACGAGGUACAAAGCUCUUCCAGGAGAUGUGUGACAAGGUCCAGAUUUCUGACAGCCACCUCAAGAACAUCUGCAUCCGGAGUGUGCAGGGAGAGGUGUACUGCGCCAAGUCAGGCAGGAAGUUUGCGGGGCAAAUCCAGGAGAAGUUCAUCAUCUCAGACUGGAGGUUCGUCCUGUCGGGAUCGUACAGCUUCUCCUGGCUCUGCGGACAUGUGCACCGGAACAUCCUCUGCAAGUUCACGGGCCAGGCGGUGGAGCUGUUCGAGGAAGAGUUCCGCCACCUCUACGCCUCCUCCAAGCCCCUGAUGGGCCUCAAGUCCCCCCGGCCAGCGGCCCCACUGCAGCCCAGGGCUGUCCCCAGCACCUCUAACGGCCACCUCAGCAGUGACAGCCGCUCCACCAGUGACCGCACGUCCUCCAACCCCUUCAGCAGCCCGUCGGUGGGCAGCAACCCCCCAGAGCAGACACCGUCUGCCUGGUCGGGGCCCACUUCUCCCCUGACCCCCAGCCCAGCCCAGCCCCCCAGGUAUCAGCCCUACCACAGCCCCUGGGGAACCCCCACCCCACAGCCCUUCUUCUCCCCCAGGACCCCGCCUACCCCCUACAGCAACCUCAACACUUACCGCCCCACUGGGCUGCAACUGGAGCAGCUAGGCCUGGUAUCCAGGGCCACGCACGUCUGGAGGCCCUUUCUACAGGCUUCACCUCACUUCUGAAGGGGCCCGUGUCCCCGUCACUGUCCCCAGGCCAGGUCUGUGCUCCUGGGUUCCCCGCUCAAAGACCUCACCUUCUGCUCUACAGUGCUGAACCUGCUUCCCCUGAGUCCUGUCAGCCUCUGCUGGUCUGUGAGAUCCUUCCUAGCUUGGCCCAUGCAGCUCAUUCCAAAGGGCUGAGGGAGGUUGGACGAGCUAGAAACAAAAUCAUAGUGUCACAGCCUCCAGAGCUUUAAAAGGUCAUGGUCCUCAAGGCUCCAAAAUGUAAGAAGGGGCAGAGGCAGCCCAUGGUUUACCAAUGGGUAAACUGAGGCACUGCAGCACAGGUGAUAGAUUGGGGUUUCUGUUUACAGGUUCCCAGGAACUCAGAGCAGUGGGAGAGGGUCUGUGAACAUGCUGGAUGUCCCUGGGAGAGCUGGGGAAACUCAUCCCUGUAAACGCCAGCACUGGGGUACCCCUGUGAACUAGGGAUAUGAUCUCUAUACGGGGCCACCUGAACCUGCAGUCAGCAGGCACAGAGUGAGCCCAGGAGUCUGGGAGUCAGUGGAUGGGCCAGGUCAGCAGGCCCAGCUCCACGGAGCCUCGAGGGGGCCCAAGGGUCCAGAGUCAAGGACUCAGGACUCAGUGUUUGGAGUCUGAAACGGCUCUGUGGCGAUCCCCAGGGCAGCCCUGUGAGCCGGAAGAGACCGGCUGUCCCUGGAUGGCCGCCAACUGUAGAACGGGGUCUCCCUUGGCUUGCCGACCCCAAGGAACCCACGCUGAAUUCUCAAGGGCCCUGUGGUUUGUUGCUCCCGGGAAAGUGACACUACCCUCACAACUAGGGAGGGCAGCAGCCAUGCGUGUGGCAGGCAGCGGUGCCAGGCCCGUGUCUGCCCUCUGCCAUCCAUGUCAUCUCAGCUCAUGGCUCUGUGCACUCCCUAGCAGCCAGGGCGGGCAGUGCUAAGGCCUGGGGAGCCUUUCCCUGUGUGCCCUCCAGGACAGGGCAGUGUGUGACAUGACACCCCAUCCUACUUAGCAAGGGAAGCCUCCCUCAGCCCAUCCAGCCCUGUUCCCAUUCCUAACAUUUCUGCCAGUGUUAGGCAGUGGCAUCUGCGUCUGCUUUCUUAUAAAUUCUGUUCCUAUC